AUGGCGCCGUCAGCUACAUCUCCACUCCUACCUCUUUCAGUGUUGACAAACAAGAACAAAGCCCACAGUCUUGGGACGACUGUGACCAAUCAAGCGAACCUUGCUGCUCAGAAUAUCCCACGGACCAUAGAUGAGCUGAUACGAAAUCGAUCGGAGAACGCAGCAGAGGAAUUCAUCCUGUCGUAUCCGUCGAAAGGCACCGAAUACGUUGACUACACAUAUCGCCAAUUAGAUGUAUUCGCAUCUCGUGUUGCUCAUUUAUAUGGAUCUUUGAUUCCACAGAGGAAAUGUUCAUCCGAUCCCGAGGUUGUUGUCGGUCUUCUCGGUCCCUCCAAUCUGGAAUACUUGAUUAGUAUUCUAGCAUUGACCAAGCUGGGACACACAGUCUUGUUUCUUUCCACAAGACUGUCAACUCUGGCGUACUCGUCCCUUCUUCAGGCUACUUUAUCGACGCACAUUCUCAUUCAUAAAUCUUUUCGACAAGUCGCAGAACAAGUCCAACACGACCAGCCAACACUCCAAAUCCACGAAAUCUCCGACAGGAAAAGCUUCGAGUUUCCGGGUAGCGACACAGCCGAGAACACGCGUUUUGACCAGAAGUUCGACCUUGAAGUCGAGUCAGCCAAGAUCUCCUGGGUUAUCCACUCCAGUGGCUCCACUGGCUUACCAAAACCUAUUUUUCAAACUCACCGGGCAGCCCUAAAGAAUUAUUCGUCGAACUUAAACUUGAAAGGGUUCAUCACACUUCCCCUCUACCAUGCCCACGGCAUCAGCAGCGUUUUCCGAGCCAUUCAUUCCAGAAAACAGAUCUACAUGUAUAAUGCCGAUCUACCACUCACUCAACAGUACUUGUUGAGAAUUCUUCGUCGAUAUCAUUUUCAGGUGUUCUAUGGCGUGCCAUACGCUUUAAAGCUUCUUGGAGAAAGUGAGGAAGGAAUUGCUGAAUUAGCGAAGCUGGAAGUGGUCAUGUUUGGGGGAUCAGCAUGUCCAGAUUCAUUGGGUGACCGAUUAGUAGAGAAGGGUGUAAAUCUCGUCAGUCAUUAUGGAACUACCGAAACGGGUCAACUGAUGACCUCUGCUCGAGAGACUGGGGACAAAGCUUGGGACUACGUCCGACUUCCAGCAGCCUUCAAGAACUUUGUCAAAUUCGAACCCAGGGGUGCAGAUGUAUACGAGCUUGUUGCUCUAGACGGCUUGCCAUCCAAGGUGGCAUCAAACCGGGCAGAUGGAUCCUAUGCCACCAAAGACCUUUUCACACCGCACCCGACUAUCCCAGACGCAUGGAAGUAUCUUGCAAGAUCUGACGACAGAAUCGUGCUGAUGAACGGGGAGAAGGUCACACCAAUUGCAUUCGAGCAGUCACUUCGAGAUAACAAGUACAUCUCGGACGCCGUGGUUUUUGGCAGUGGGAAGGCGCGGAUCGGGAUGAUAAUCAUACCUUCUCCUUUGACAAUCGGAAAAUCCGAUUCCGAGAUCGACGCAAUCCUGAUUCCAGUAUUGUCAAAGGCAAACGAGCUGAUGCCAGCUUACGCCCAGCUGAGUUUCGACAUGGUCAGAAUUCUACCCCACGACACAGAGUAUCCUAGAACAGACAAAGGAACAGUCAUUCGGCCAGCGUUCUAUCGAACCUUCGCUACACAGAUCGAGAAUAUCUAUAGUGACGCAGAAGUAUCGUCCGGGGAGCUUUGCUUGACCGAGGCUGAAUUGCGGGAAUAUCUGCGAAGCGAGAUGAAGAAGCUUCUGCCUCCAACAACAAUAGACCUUCUUGGAGACACGACCGACUUCUUCUCCAUUGGAAUCGACUCUCUGCAAGCGAUUCAGCUUCGAUCUGUGCUCGGCAAGAAUAUUGAUACCAGUGGGAAGAAACUGGCAUCAAAUAUCAUCUUUGACUUUCCGUCCAUCAAUCUCUUGGCGAACGAACUCUACCGACUACGGACAGGAGGGACUUCCAAUGUCUGUUCGACGACAUCUCAGAUGGAACAAUUAAUUAAGAGGUACUCCAAAUUCGAUAGACACGUCCCUGUUGAGACUUCCAAGAGUGGCCAAUACAUCGUUCUCACAGGAGCGACUGGUUCUCUUGGUGCCCAUCUAGCAUCGCAACUCGCCCUCAUUCCAGAUGUGAAGAAAAUCUACUGCCUAGUUCGUGCUCAAACAUCAUCUCAGGCCCACCUUCGGGUAGUCACUUCGCUCCGCGAGCGUGGUCUUUACCACCUCCUUCCGCUCGAGGCUCGGAACAGGUUAAGAGCCAUCCCAGCCAAUUUCAGUCAGCAAGACCUCGGCCUGAAAUCCGAGGUUUACAACAAAAUAUGUUCUGAGGUCACGGGAGUUAUCCACUGUGCCUGGUCAGUGAACUUCAAUCUGGCAUUGAGCAGUUUCGAAGCGGAUUGCAUUGCUGGUGCAUACAACCUCCUUGCGUUAUGCUUGAAAGCCAAACAGAAGGAGCCAGCUACAUUCAACUUCUGCUCGUCAGUCAGCGCAGUAGCAGCUACAAAAGGUGGCUUCGUGCCAGAAGCGCUGCCAGAGUCGCUCGAUUUUGCGCAAAACAUGGGUUACGCUCAGUCGAAGCUCGUCACUGAACAUAUCUGCAUGUCGGCUGCAAAGUUUUAUGGUAUCAAAGCUCGAGUUCUCAGAGUUGGACAGAUUAUUGCUGACACAACUCAUGGGAUCUGGAAUGCUACUGAAGCAAUUCCACUAAUGAUCCAAGCUGGUUUGACUAUCGGCGCAAUCCCGAGACUCGACGAGUCACCACUCUGGCUACCUGUAGACGUGGUCGCCUCUUCCGUCUCCGAUAUCUCGCUAUCAACAGCAGGUGCCGGUGUAAUGAAUGUCGUGAACCACCAAGCCUUUCACUGGACACGAGACUUGCUUCCCGCCCUUCACCAUGCCGGCCUCGAAUUUUCAGAACCGAGUCAACAAGAAUGGAUCCAGAUUCUCCAGAAGUCGAACCCAGACCCCAUUGCCAAUCCUCCCAUCAAGCUUUUGGAAUUUUUCGCCAGCAAGUAUGACAAUGAUAAGCCUCGGACAGGUCUUGUGUAUGAUACUUCAUACGCUCGAUUCCUGUCGCCCUCAUUAGCAGCUGCUCCAAAACUAGACCAGCACCUUGUCGAACAAUUUGUUCAGAGAUUCAGAGCCACUUCAUGGGCUAGCUCGAUCUCCGAAACUCCCUCUAAGAAUGUCAUAUUCAUAGCUGGUCCAUGCGGUUCAGGGAAAUCCACGAUCGCCAAAGCCGUCUCUCAACAACUGAACAUUCCAUGGAUCGAGGGUGAUUCGCUCCAUUCACAAACUUCCAUUUCAAAGAUGGCCUCUGGAAUUCCACUCACUGACGAAGAUCGAUGGGAGUGGCUCGAGACGCUAAAGGCAACCGCUCUACUUCGCAUGCGUGCCGAGAAACAACAGUCAAUCAUCGUGACGUGUUCAGCACUGAAGCAAGCCUACAGGGCUGAAUUACGGAAUAGUCGCGUCACGAGGGCCGUUUUUGUCCUGUUAGAAGCGGGAAAGGACAUCUUGGAAAGCAGAGUGCGGAAGAGGGAAGGUCAUUUCAUGACUGAUAAGAUGGUCGAGAGCCAGCUGGAAGUCUUGGAAGCGCCAGGAAUGGAGGAGUUGGAUGUGAUUCCUGUGAAUGUCGGUGGCACUGAGGAGGGGGUUCGGGAAGAGGUUGUGGGUAUCCUAGGCACCAUAAUUUCCUGA